UAACCCUGUGCUGGGAAAGAGAACGUAUUGUGUGAGUUAGGCAUGAGAUUAGGAGAGGGAUUUCCAGUGCAAGGUGGGAAUUUAAAAAACCGUUGGUACGCGACCCUCUGCGUAAGCCGAGAGCCUUCCUCGUCCCAUACACAUAAUCCCCCGAAUACACAUGCCAAAGCCACAAGAAUUCGUUGGAAGUUGCGCGCAAAAUACACAAAACGCUUGGACGGAACAUUGAACGAAAGCAAUGGAAUUUCAUAGUAGCUUCCAUGAGAUUUCUUGGUUGAGCAUUCAACAGGGAGCUCGGCUCGCGGCCAAAGGCAUGAAGAAGACAAGCAUGGUGGAUGUGGUGUGUGGUAGAAGGAGAUACCAAAAGUACAAAUGGGUGAGCGUUGCUUUCAAGACACCGAGUCGCGGUAGUUUAUAACCGGUCUCCGUUGAAGAUUGUGGCGUGGAUUUGUGAGACGAGGAAAAGUCACUCGCGCGUCCCUGAGGUUGGUGGUUCCAGAGAGGUAGAAAAAGGGGAAGUGGAAAAAAAAUUAAACACAACCAGGAGAUAUUUUUGCUAAUUUACCAGUGAUCCUGUAGCAACAGCUCCUCGCCGUGUGAUCAUUAGCCUGGCCACACGCGAAAAGAAUCCUGCAGAAAAUACCAAAACACUGCAAAGCAAACGGAAAAGGAGACAGAGAAAGAAAUAAUCCACAAAAGCCAGUGAGACAGAUCCUUAAAGCAGCCACACCAUCAGUCAGCUCAGAAAGCAAAAGGAAUAAGAGAUCAUUCGACGCACUUUGAGAAAAUAACCAAAAGUGUACCUGAUUUUUAGUUCAUUUUUCUCCCAUCACUCCAUCUUCUCCUUCUUCUCUCUGGAGGACGUCCAGAGAGAGAGCAACAAGAGGGAAGAGAUACAUAAAAAAAAAGAGAAGCAUAAGAAGUAAAAAAAAAGUGAUCAAGUGAAUUCCUUAACACAGCCGCUUUGCUUCUCAUCCAACAAAACAUAAUAUCAGUGUGCGAGUGAGUUUUGUGUGUCUCAAGAAAAGAAAAAAAACAGCCAACAAUUGAACACCUUCUUCAACCAGAUCGUGAAGAAUUUUUAUGUGAAUAAUCCCCAAAAAAUAAAAGAAAAAACACGUUUUGUAAAAAAAAAUUGCACAAUGCUCUAUUAAAUGGAGAUCGAGUGAUCAUCACCUGGAAUGUGAUUAUCGCUCCUGCUGGUGAAAUACAAAGAUUUCUCUUGCUGGUGGUGCACAGAGCAGUUUGCAGUGGGAGAGUCCCGUGGACGGACUUGGUUUUCUUUCUCAUCCAAUUCCCAUUGGAAGAUGGUAGUUGCAUUGGCGGGUAACCGCCUCCGGGAGAAAUGCUGAAGCACAUGCCGCCAGGCGCAGGACAAUCCCGAGCUGCGCGCGGAAACGUCACCAGCAGUCGCCCACCGCAGCCACUAAAUGUGAGCGCACUCUCAACAACGGGACCCGGGCCACCUAAGAUCCUCGCAAAUGGAGGACCACCCCGGAUGUCCUCUAUGAUCAACACCACCCCCCUCACGUCGGUCUCCUCAACGAAUAAUCUCCUCACGAACAAUCGCGAUCGCAUUGGAGCACGGGAAGCUCUCACGAGUCUGGGAUUGCUGUGUCUGGUUUCUUUGCUACUUGCCCUACUCUCGUUGAUUUUCCUCUUGAAAAUCUCACCGGGAGGACGAGAUCCACUACCACCGCCAGGACCAACAGCACCAGAGGAUUAUGCCAUUGUCUAUGAUGUAACAUUGGCUCUCUGUGCCCUCUCAUUGUCCCUCAAUCUCUGCUGCCUCCUCGUAUGUGCCAUCCAAUUUCUCUUUGCUGUGAAAUUGGUACGAGCUCCAGCCACAAUUUCAGGACGUGGCAACAAAUACCUUCAAAAAUCCAGCGUCAGCAGAGUUUGUGCUGUUGGAGGAUUUUUUAUAUCGAUCCCUAUUUUUCUAACAGGGAUCAUCUUGUACACAUUCACACAAUUCCACUCAACACCUGCUAUCGUGACGAGCAUCUUAAUAGGUGUGGGCAUCGUGUUCUGCGGCGGUGCUAUGGUGCACAAUGUUUUUGUGUGGCAAAAGGAAAAGACAAUUUGUGUGCGACAGGCACCCUUGAAUCUAAAUCUCACACUCUCGCCACCAAUAAGUGCAAUCACGCCGCCGAUGCAGUUCCUCAGUCACAACGGCAGCCAUCAGACACCUGUAUCCAAUGCGAAUCACAUUCAUCUCAACCACAGCAAUCAUACCCCACUCACGCAUACAUCCCAGCUGAGUCAGAUCACGCCACUCACGCCUGUGACGCUCAAUCAAUCGCACCUCUCCAGCUUCAAUCACUCCUUCCUGCCAUCGUAUGGGCUACGUGCAGCAACGGCUACACCACCAACACCAAAGGUGAAUGCCACAGCAGCCCUGCUUGGUGGUCGAGACGCCAGUGGCUCCGUGAGUCCUGGUAUGCCCACCGUGAAUCUCGACCUGAGUACCGUCACAUCUGCCAAUUCACCUCAUGAACUUUCCACUUUGGUCUAAAGAAAAUUCCGUGCAAUUCCCAGAGCAUUGAAUCCCCUCCAUCCACAAUUCCAUCCACAAUUCCAUCCACGAGUGCAGUAGCAUUUUAAGGAAUUUAAAGGAUUAACAAAAAAAAAACAUUAAAAAGAUCCCAAGGACUCGUUUAUUUUCGCGCCUUUAAUUGUGUACAAAAAUGUGUGUAUAAAUGUGUUUUUGUAUAGACUUUUUUUUUAAUUUUUAUAAAGUUGAAACAUUUUUUUUAAGUAUAAAAACAAGAGUUGUGCCCUUAAACAGCUCCUACGGAGACAGAGAAGAAAAUGAAAUCACUGAACAUUUUUCUCACUAUACUUUUAGGUAAUUUAUUAUACAAAUUUAGUGUAAUCAAUUGUAAUCACCUUUUCGAUAGAAAAACGGUUUCAAACUGAA